GGAGGCGCCUGGCUGGGAAGGGCCUGGUCAGCUGUGUCCGGCGGAGGCAGCUGCUGACCAGCUGUGGAUUGUGCCAGGGGCGGAAGGGGGGCAGGGGCCCUGGGCCCCCCGUCGCGGGGGGUUGCAUCAUGGAUCACCUCUGGGCGUACCUCUGGCCUGGAGUCGGCUCUCUCUGUCUCUUGCUCGCUGGGGCCGCCUGGGCUUCCCCACCCAAACCCCUGGACCCCAAGUUUGAAAGUAAAGUGGCCCUGCUGGCUGCCCGCGGGCCCGAAGAGCUUCUGUGCUUCACCGAACGGUUGGAGGACUUGGUGUGUUUCUGGGAGGAAGCGGCAAGCGCCGGGAUCGGCCCCGACAGCUACAGCUUCUUCUACCAGCUCGAGGGUGAGCCAUGGAAGCCAUGCAGCCUGCACCAGGCGCCCACGGCUCGCGGCGCUGUGCGUUUCUGGUGCUCGUUGCCCACGGCCGACACGUCGAGCUUCGUGCCCUUAGAGUUGCGCGUCACAGCGGUAUCCUCGGGCGCUCCACGCUAUCACCGUAUCAUCCACAUCAACGAAGUGGUGCUCCUGGACCCCCCAGCGGAGCUGCUGGCGCGGCGGGCCGACGAGGGCGGCCACGUGGUACUGCGUUGGCUCCCGCCUCCUGGGGCCCCCGUGGCCAGCCUCAUCCGCUACGAAGUGAACAUCUCCUCUGGCAACGUCGCGGGGGGCGCACAGAAGGUGGAGAUCCUGGACGGCCGCACUGAGUGCGUGCUGAGCAACCUUCGGGGCGGAACGCGUUACACCUUCAUGGUACGCGCGCGUAUGGCCGAGCCGAGCUUCGGUGGCUUCUGGAGCGCCUGGUCCGAGCCUGCGUCGCUGCUGACAGCUAGUGACUUGGACCCCCUCAUCCUGACGCUCUCCCUCAUCCUCGUGCUCAUCCUGAUGCUGCUGGCCGUGCUCGCCCUGCUCUCCCACCGCAGGACUCUGAAGCAGAAGAUCUGGCCUGGCAUCCCAAGCCCUGAGAGUGAGUUUGAGGGCCUCUUCACCACCCACAAGGGUAACUUCCAGCUGUGGCUCUACCAGAAUGAGGGCUGUCUUUGGUGGAGCCCCUGCACUCCCUUUGCAGAGGACCCACCCGCCCCCCUGGAAGUCCUCUCUGAGCGCUGCUGGGGGGCGACACAGGCUGUGGAGCCAGGGGCAGAGGAUGAGGGACCCCUGCUGGAGCCAGUGGGCAGUGAACAUACCCAGGACACCUACCUGGUGCUGGACAAGUGGUUGCUGCCCCAGAACCCACCCAGUGAGGAUCUCCCACAGCCUGAUGGCGGUUUGGACAUAGUAGCCAUGGAUAAAGGCUCAGAAGCAUCCUCCUGCUCAUCUGCUUUGUCCCUGAAGCCCGGGCCAGAGGGGGCCUUGGGUACCAGCUUUGAGUAUACCAUCCUGGAUCCCAGCUCCCAGCUCUUGCGCCCAAGGGCACUACCCCCUGAGCUGCCCCCCACCCCACCUCACAUAAAGUACCUGUACCUCAUGGUGUCUGACUCUGGCAUCUCAACUGACUACAGCUCAGGGGGCUCCCAGGGAGCCCAGGGGGACUCAUCGAAUGGCCCCUUCUCGAACCCUUAUGAGAACAGCCUCAUCCCAGCCCCUGAGCCUUCACCUCCCAGCUAUGUGGCCUGCUCCUAGGACUCCAGCCCUCAGAUGUUUGGAGACCCAGCAUGACCUCAAGUGCUAGUCCAGGCCUAAGACUUAUCGAGCAGGGUUGGUGAGGCCUCCCUCAGGACUAGGGGCAUUGGUAACCUCGGCUUUCUGCCCAGUCCAUCCUGCUCAGUACAUCCUUGCAGUAUUUUAAAAUGUAGAGUUGUGUGUGUGUGUAUGCAUGAAUGUGUGUGUAUUUUUUUUCCUAUCAUGACUUCUACAAACAUUCUGUAAACCCCAUCUUUCCCUGGGCCCAGGCCAUAGGGGCAGCAGAAAAAGGCCUCAAGCUCCCAUCUGAAAUUCUGGAUCUGGCAACCUGAAUAAUAAUCAUAAUAAAACGAAUUGGUCAG